GGGAGAGAGCAAUCAACGCGUCAUGAUGAACCUCCUGGGGCUGACGUACCUGGCCAUCGGCUUGGCGGUCUGUCACGCGCAGUUCGUUUUCCCGGACCAGUACGAGGCAAUGAAGCUGGAGGCUGAGAGGCGACUUAGCACGAGACCGACGUACCCGCAGAGCUUUAGCGGCGGCUCUCAGUCCCUGAGCUUGGCACCGUCUUCCUUUCCUUGGAGGCAGGAAUCCACAAGGCCGUCCCACCUCUCAAUAGCCAACGCUCUCCUACCCCCCGGAUGGCAAGACUAUGUAAUAAAUCUCAUAUCGACGGGAGUUACGCAAUUCACCCUCGAUAUGGAUCGCGCUGUCGACAAUGCGAGCUCCUCCUCGUCGAGUCGUGAAAAUGUGCUUUUCUCACCAGUUAGCUUAACAGCUACACUGGCGAUGGUGCUCCUGGCUUCCGGUGGCAAAACUUUCGAGGAGGUCACGAGAAUUCUUGGACUGCAAUCGGGUGUCGAUAUUUCCAAUCAUUCCGAGGUUGUGCAUCGAAUUUUUGGCUUAUUGAUUCAAGAAUUUAACGAGGACUAUCGCGCUGACAAAAAUAUGCCACAAUGCGAAGUUGCAUUCGGUAUUUUUGUCCAGGAUGGCUAUCCUAUUCGUAAAGAGUUUCGAGCCGUUAGCGAUAAAAUCUACAAAAGCGAUGUGACGAGCGUCGAUUUUUCCAAUCAUAAUGAUAAGGCACAGUCGAUAAUUAAUAAUUGGGUGGACGACAAGACAAUGGGUAAAAUUAAGAAAUUGCUGAACGAGCCGCCAAAUCCUUUAUCCGCAGUUAUUAUUGCAUCCGCUUUAUACUUUAAUGGAGAGUGGAAUCAGCACUUUUACGAAGGAACGAAGAGGAAGGCAUUCUAUAUCGAGCCGAAUGAAAUUAUUUACGUGGACUUCAUGUACAACGGUGGUACCUUUCCAUUUUACGAAGACCAAAAUCUCGGCUUAAAGAUCAUUGGACUCCCAUACAAGGGCCUUAAAGUAUCUAUGUACGCGAUCCUUCCAACGGCAAGUGGCGCUGCCGCCCUCAAGGAGAUCAAGAGGCACCUGACACCCGACGUCAUUGACCGUCUCAUAAACAACAUGCAAAAUAACUCGUGCUUAAUCAGCUACCCGAAGAUGGAGCUGUCGAGCACCCUACAGCUUCGGAGUGCUCUCAAGUCAUUGGGCCUCCUCUCACUCUUCGAUCCCAGAACCGCCGACCUAAGUAUCCUAUCCCCAGGUCGCGGUCACGGAGACAACGUCGACGGCGGCCCCGCAUUCAUAACCUGGAGGUCCUUGGAUCCCGACUCUACCGACGAUUACAGGCGUCAGUCCAAGUCAGGGAGGCCGAACUUCCUUUACAAGUAUAACACGCGUAAUUACACGGUCGAGCAGUGGAAUAACGGUUACAAGUUGCGUUACACGCCGCGCGUCAAACGUCAGAGUCGCUCGGUCGAGCGGGAGUUCGCCGAUUUCCUCGGGAGCCAGCGGUUGGCGCUCUUUGGGCUCGAUGAGCUUCGGAAUAGCGCCGGGGUGACGAACCCGGGCUUGUUCGCCGACGACGUCGUUCACAAGGUCGAGAUGACGGUGAACGAGAGGGGAACCGAGGCCGCUGCCGUGACGGGUGUCCUGCUCAACAGGAGCGGCGAUUAUAGGCGUUUCAUCGCCAAUCGGCCCUUCCUCUUCUUCAUCAGGCACGACCUCUCCAAGCUCAUUUGGUUCUGGGGCAGCAUCAAUCGGCCUACGCCCUUUUACCACGAUCCCUGAUACCCCUUUCGGUGCCUCAAACGGACGGUCUCCUCCUGUCUUUCUCAUCCACUCGCACUUGUCGGAUUUAAUACUCGGAGACUUUCCUCGGCACAUUUUCGACGCUCGAUCGAGGCACUUUCGAUAAUAGCUGGCUUUUACGAUUCAGCCACGACCGUGCGGUAGGGAACG